CCCAGAGUACAAGGGACUAAUACGACUCGUGUAGCUGAGCUUUUUAAAUUGGUUUAGGUUGUAUCUCUUUCUCUUACCUAAUCCAUACGACCGAGUUUGCGUCGACUUGAUUUGACCCUAGAACCAACCGGGUUCGUACUGAUCCACGCAACCACUCCACUUCUACAAAACCUCCACCUUAAGAAGUGCAAGAAAUGAAAGCCUAGAGACAUUCUUCAAGACAACCUUUGUUCAUUUCGAUCACAAACCAACAUUCUUGGAGAAACUCCUCCCAUGGCUCCCCCAAUACUCUACCGCGUCAUUCUUCUGUUGCUCCUUUCCGACAUAAUCGCGUCACGGUCCAUCGUCAAGACUCUCCCUGGCUAUCCCACUGAUCUCCCAUUUGAACUCGAAACUGGUUAUGUUGGUGUAGGAGAAAAGGAUGACGUGCAGUUAUUCUACUACUUUGUCGAAUCUGAAAGGAGUCCAAAAGAUGAUCCUCUUAUACUUUGGCUAGCCGGCGGUCCUGGUUGUUCUGCUCUUCGUGCCUUCUUCUAUGAAAUCGGGCCAUUUACAUUUAACUAUGAAGAGUCCACUGGAAAUAAAACAACAUUGGAGUUGAACCCAUAUUCCUGGACAAAGGUUGCCAGUAUCAUUUACAUAGAUCAACCGGUUGGAACAGGAUUCUCUUAUGCAAAUACUUCGGAAUCUUAUAUUAGCAGCGACACAAUAUCAGCAACACAAACGUAUGAAUUUCUUAGAAAGUGGCUUGUGGAUCACCCCAAGUAUCUAAACAAUCCACUAUACAUUUGUGGUGUUUCCUACAUUGGCAUGGUUAUUCCAAUCAUUGUUCAGGAGAUAUACAACGGGAAUGAAGCCGGGAAUAAGCCACAAAUGAAUAUUAAGGGAUACAUGCUUGGCAAUCCUCUAACAGAUAAAAAUAGAGAUGUUAAUUCAAGAAUCAAAUAUGCCCAUCACGUGGCACUUCUUUCUGAUGAUCUCUACAAGUCAACCAAGGCAAAUUGCAAUGGCGAAUACAUAGAUGUGGACCCAAACAAUGGAUUAUGUUCAAGCAAUAUGCAAUUAGUAAACAAGUGCCUCGAGAAAAUAAAUUUGCCACAAAUUUUGGAACCGUUGUGUUCUACAGUGAAUGUAAAAUCUAAUUUGCUAAGAUGGGACAGAAGCUCUGUUGAAGAAAAUUCCAUGGAUCUCCUCUGGCCACUACAUCAAGCUACAGGACCAUGGUGGCCAUUUACAUUUAACUAUGAAGAGUCCACUGGAAAUAAAACAACAUUGGAGUUGAACCCAUAUUCCUGGACAAAGGUUGCCAGUAUCAUUUACAUAGAUCAACCGGUUGGAACAGGAUUCUCUUAUGCAAAUACUUCGGAAUCUUAUAUUAGCAGCGACACAAUAUCAGCAACACAAACGUAUGAAUUUCUUAGAAAGUGGCUUGUGGAUCACCCCAAGUAUCUAAACAAUCCACUAUACAUUUGUGGUGUUUCCUACAUUGGCAUGGUUAUUCCAAUCAUUGUUCAGGAGAUAUACAACGGGAAUGAAGCCGGGAAUAAGCCACAAAUGAAUAUUAAGGGAUACAUGCUUGGCAAUCCUCUAACAGAUAAAAAUAGAGAUGUUAAUUCAAGAAUCAAAUAUGCCCAUCACGUGGCACUUCUUUCUGAUGAUCUCUACAAGUCAACCAAGGCAAAUUGCAAUGGCGAAUACAUAGAUGUGGACCCAAACAAUGGAUUAUGUUCAAGCAAUAUGCAAUUAGUAAACAAGUGCCUCGAGAAAAUAAAUUUGCCACAAAUUUUGGAACCGUUGUGUUCUACAGUGAAUGUAAAAUCUAAUUUGCUAAGAUGGGACAGAAGCUCUGUUGAAGAAAAUUCCAUGGAUCUCCUCUGGCCACUACAUCAAGCUACAGGACCAUGGUGUCGUUGGCUUGUGGAUCACCCCAAGUAUCUAAACAAUCCACUAUACAUUUGUGGUGUUUCCUACAUUGGCAUGGUUAUUCCAAUCAUUGUUCAGGAGAUAUACAACGGGAAUGAAGCCGGGAAUAAGCCACAAAUGAAUAUUAAGGGAUACAUGCUUGGCAAUCCUCUAACAGAUAAAAAUAGAGAUGUUAAUUCAAGAAUCAAAUAUGCCCAUCACGUGGCACUUCUUUCUGAUGAUCUCUACAAGUCAACCAAGGCAAAUUGCAAUGGCGAAUACAUAGAUGUGGACCCAAACAAUGGAUUAUGUUCAAGCAAUAUGCAAUUAGUAAACAAGUGCCUCGAGAAAAUAAAUUUGCCACAAAUUUUGGAACCGUUGUGUUCUACAGUGAAUGUAAAAUCUAAUUUGCUAAGAUGGGACAGAAGCUCUGUUGAAGAAAAUUCCAUGGAUCUCCUCUGGCCACUACAUCAAGCUACAGGACCAUGGUGUCGUGUUGCCAGUAUCAUUUACAUAGAUCAACCGGUUGGAACAGGAUUCUCUUAUGCAAAUACUUCGGAAUCUUAUAUUAGCAGCGACACAAUAUCAGCAACACAAACGUAUGAAUUUCUUAGAAAGUGGCUUGUGGAUCACCCCAAGUAUCUAAACAAUCCACUAUACAUUUGUGGUGUUUCCUACAUUGGCAUGGUUAUUCCAAUCAUUGUUCAGGAGAUAUACAACGGGAAUGAAGCCGGGAAUAAGCCACAAAUGAAUAUUAAGGGAUACAUGCUUGGCAAUCCUCUAACAGAUAAAAAUAGAGAUGUUAAUUCAAGAAUCAAAUAUGCCCAUCACGUGGCACUUCUUUCUGAUGAUCUCUACAAGUCAACCAAGGCAAAUUGCAAUGGCGAAUACAUAGAUGUGGACCCAAACAAUGGAUUAUGUUCAAGCAAUAUGCAAUUAGUAAACAAGUGCCUCGAGAAAAUAAAUUUGCCACAAAUUUUGGAACCGUUGUGUUCUACAGUGAAUGUAAAAUCUAAUUUGCUAAGAUGGGACAGAAGCUCUGUUGAAGAAAAUUCCAUGGAUCUCCUCUGGCCACUACAUCAAGCUACAGGACCAUGGUGUCGUGAGAUAUACAACGGGAAUGAAGCCGGGAAUAAGCCACAAAUGAAUAUUAAGGGAUACAUGCUUGGCAAUCCUCUAACAGAUAAAAAUAGAGAUGUUAAUUCAAGAAUCAAAUAUGCCCAUCACGUGGCACUUCUUUCUGAUGAUCUCUACAAGUCAACCAAGGCAAAUUGCAAUGGCGAAUACAUAGAUGUGGACCCAAACAAUGGAUUAUGUUCAAGCAAUAUGCAAUUAGUAAACAAGUGCCUCGAGAAAAUAAAUUUGCCACAAAUUUUGGAACCGUUGUGUUCUACAGUGAAUGUAAAAUCUAAUUUGCUAAGAUGGGACAGAAGCUCUGUUGAAGAAAAUUCCAUGGAUCUCCUCUGGCCACUACAUCAAGCUACAGGACCAUGGUGUCGUGGCUUCAACUACGUUUAUGCCACCAAGUGGGCUAAUGAUAAAGAUGUCCAAAAAGCUCUUAACAUCCGUGAGGGGAUAAAAGCAGAGUGGAUUCAAUGCAAUGCGAGUAUAGAAUACUCAUUUGGUCAAAGUGCAACCGUCGCUUACACAUUCAACGUCCCUAGUACUGUUGGCUAUCAUCGAAAUCUCACACACAAAAAUUGUCGAGCUUUAAUAUUCAGUGGUGAUCUUGACAUGAGGGUUCCACACCUGAGCACAGAGAAAUGGAUAGACUCUCUAAAUUUGGAUAUUGAAAGUGAUUGGGAACCAUGGUUUGUUGAUGGUCAAAUAGCGGGAUAUACAAUGUCUUAUACCCGCAAUGACUACUCAUUGACAUACGCAACAAUGAAGGGAGCGGGUCACACUGUUCCAGAAUACAAACCAAGAGAAUCUCUGGCCAUGGUUGAUCGGUGGUUUGCUUAUUACCCUCUGUGA